AUGAUGUCUCAUCAUCUAGCAGAGAGCGGAGGAGGAGGAGAAGAGGAGACGACUAAGUCUCUGAUCUGUGCUCUCAAUUACAUCUCUCGUGACCUUCCUUUGCCUCCUCACCUCUUCUCCUCCGUUUCUUCCAUCUACCAUCAUGCCGCCUCUUCUCCUUCUCCUAGGAAUAAGUUUACUCCUUUGGGAGGUGAUUUAAUGGGAGAGUUCGAGGAUGCUCUUCUGAAACAGAGAACAAACUGUGAAUCAGGCUCGAGAUUGAUAGAGUUAUAUAAUAAUCGUAACAAGACUCUUAUCCAACGACGCUUAUCUGAGCUCCAAGAGUUACCUUCUACGAGAGGUGAAGACUUGCAAGGAAAAUGCUUACUUGAGCUUUAUGGUCUAAAGCUAAGAGAGUUGCAAAGAAAGGUAAGAACUGAGGUUAGCUCAGAGUUCUUGCUGCGUAGGAACUGUGCUGAUGUCAGUAACCAACUAUUUGACUGGGGAAUGAUGCGUUUGCCUCGUCUGUUUUACGGUGUUUGUGAUCCUUUUGCUAAGGAAGCUGAUGAUCAGUUCCAAAAGAAGCGUAACGCUGAGAGGUUGUCACUUUUAGAAGAAGAGGAGAAGAAGAAUCUGAUCAAAACCGCUAAGAAGAAGUUCUUUGCAAUAGUACUCAACGCAGUUCUUGAGUUCCAGCUACAAAUCAAAGCCACUCAAAAACGCCGCAGGCAAAGAAACGAUUGUGUGCAGGCGUGGCAUGGGAGACAAAGACACCGCGCCACGCGUGCUGAAAAGCUGAGGCUAAUGGCUCUUAAAUCCAAUGAUCAAGAAGCAUACAUGAAGCUAGUAAAGGAGAGUAAGAACGUAAGACUCACCAUUCUUCUAGAGGAGACUAACAAACUCCUUUCUAAUUUGGGAGCUGCUGUUCAGCGUCAGAAAGAUUCUAAACUUGAUGCUCCAAGAAGUGAACCGUUGCAGGAGAUUAAUAUCACUGAGUCUGAUACUAAUGAUGAUUUACUACAAGGCCAGAGGCAGUAUAACUCUGCUAUCCAUUCAAUACAAGAGAAGGUGACAAAGCAGCCUUCACUUCUAGAAGGAGGAGAGCUAAGAUCCUAUCAAAUAGAAGGACUCCAAUGGAUGGUGUCUUUAUUCAACAAUAAUCUGAAUGGGAUUUUAGCUGAUGAGAUGGGUUUGGGGAAAACUAUCCAAACUAUUUCAUUGAUUGCAUAUCUUCUGGAGAAUAAAAAUGUCACUGGGCCUUAUCUGAUAGUGGCUCCAAAAGCUGUGCUACCAAACUGGGUCAACGAGUUUGCUACAUGGGUACCAAGCAUUGCAGCUUUUCUUUAUGAUGGACGUUUAGAGGAAAGAAAAGCAAUAAGGGAAAAAAUUGGAGGAGAAGGGAAGUUCAACGUGUUGAUAACACACUAUGAUCUUAUCAUGAGAGAUAAAGCAUUUCUGAAGAAAAUUGAUUGGUACUACAUGAUUGUUGAUGAAGGACAUAGGCUGAAGAACCAUGAAUCUGCUCUAGCAAAGACACUACUAAAAGGGUAUAGGAUAAAACGUAGACUUCUCUUAACCGGGACACCUAUACAGAAUAGCCUUCAAGAGUUAUGGUCAUUGCUUAAUUUUCUCCUCCCUCAUAUUUUUAACUCGGUUCAGAACUUUGAGGAGUGGUUUAAUGCUCCUUUUGCUGAUCGUGUUAGUCUUAGUGAUGAAGAGGAGCUGUUGAUUAUCCACCGUCUUCAUCAUGUUAUAAGACCGUUUAUACUGAGAAGGAAAAAGGAUGAAGUAGAGAAGCUACUUCCUGGAAAGACACAGGUGAUAUUGAAGUGUGAUAUGUCAGCGUGGCAGAAAGUUUAUUACAAACAAGUUACAGACAUGGGCAGGGUUGGUAUUCAGACAGGAUCUGGAAAAUCAAAGAGUCUACAAAACCUAACAAUGCAACUGAGAAAAUGCUGUAACCAUCCAUAUCUAUUUGUUGAAAGAGACUACAACAUGUGUAAGAAACCUGAUGAGAUUAUCAGAGCUUCAGGGAAAUUUGAGCUCCUUGAUCGUCUCCUUCCAAAACUACACAAAGCCGGACACAGAGUCCUCCUCUUCUCCCAAAUGACACGUCUCAUCGACGUUCUCGAGAUUUAUUUAAAACUCAACGAUUUCAAGUUCCUUAGACUCGACGGUACCACAAAGACGGAUCAGAGAGGGCUUCUACUGAAGCAGUUCAACGAGCCAGACUCUCCUUACUUCAUGUUUCUUUUGAGCACUCGUGCGGGUGGUCUUGGUCUGAACUUGCAAAGUGCAGACACUGUUAUUAUCUUUGACAGUGAUUGGAACCCGCAGAUGGACCAACAGGCUGAGGAUAGAGCUCAUCGUAUAGGGCAGAAGAAGGAAGUGAGAGUGUUUGUUUUGGUUAGUGUUGGCUCUGUUGAAGAAGUGAUCUUGGAGCGUGCAAAGCAGAAGAUGGGGAUUGAUGCCAAAGUCAUACAAGCUGGUCUUUUCAACACAACUUCCACUGCACAAGACAGAAGAGAGAUGCUUGAAGAGCUCAUGCGCAAAGGAACAAGCUCACUUGGGAAUGAUGUCCCGAGUGAGAGAGAGAUAAACCGGCUUGCUGCUCGUAGUGAAGAUGAGUUUUGGAUGUUUGAGAGAAUGGAUGAGGAGAGGAGAAGGAAAGAGAGUUAUAGAGCUCGUCUGAUGCAAGAGCAGGAAGUCCCUGAAUGGGCUUACACUACAGAGAACCAAGAUGACAAGUCUAACAGUGCAAAAAACCAUUUUGGGAGUGUCACAGGUAAAAGAAAACGUAAAGAAAUGUUUUAUAGUGACUCACUAAGCGAGGUACAGUGGAUGAAAGCCGUUGAGAGCGGUGAAGACAUAUCAAAACUCUCUGUUAAAGAGAGGAGAGUGGAGAAGACAAGUAAAAGAGCAAUAAAACCUAACCAAGUGGUGAGUGAUUAG